AUGGAUUCUGAAAUAGUUGAAAGUGAUUUAUUUCCUGGAAUGACUGCUGUUGAAAUUCUAAAUAGUCUGGAUAUAAAAGCAAAAAGUUAUAUUAAAACCGGCGGCCUUUAUAGGGAUCAAGCAGAAAUAGUUAAAACCUUUACAGAAUUGCAUUGGUCUGCUGAAAGGGAUGAUCCAGAGAUGGUCGUGGAGCUUUGUCUAAAUGAUGGUGUAGACGUCAAUAUUACGGCAAAAAACAACCUUACAUCUUUGAGGUGGGUAUGUGUCCGUGGCUCGGGCAUAUUAAUCGAGACACUUAUUGAUCUUGGAGCAGAAAAAAAUGUCCAACAUUCCGAAAUAAAGUCAUCACCUCUGUUGCUUGCGGCCUCAUGGAACAACUACAUGGCCGUUCGCACACUGUUAGAUCAUGGGGCUGAUGCAAAUAUUCAAGACAUAAAUGAUGUAACACCAUUACAUGGAUCUGUGUCUCGUGGGUUUUGCAAGAUUUCGCAACUUCUUGUUGAGAAGGGAAGCAACGUCAACUUAAGAACCAAGGAGAGCAGAACACCCCUUUAUAUUGCAGUUAAACGCAAUGAUUUACACUUAAUAAGACUAUUGCUUGAAAACGGAGCUGAUCUAGGAAUGGAAUACAAAGAGGAUCCGGAAGAGAGAGUCUACCUUGUUCGUGGAAAAGACAAAGGGAAACCGGCCUGGCACUAUGUUCUGGUUGAUAAACAUCUACUGGGAUUGUUUCUGAAGAAAACGAACGGAGGUAAUGUUGACGUUGCAGACUUUGGAGCUGUUCUUCGUAGUGGAUGGGGAAAGGAUCCUCCAGACGGUACCAUUGACCAGGUACUAAAAGAGAAGAGUUCUAUGUUUACAAAAAUACGAGGUGAAACUCUCCUUCAUGUCGCAAGUAAAAAUAACAGCACCGAAGCAAUCGAUCUCAUGGUAAAGAAUGGGUUGUGGGAUUGUAAUCCCCGCGAUGAAUUGGGAUUUACUCCAUUGCACAUUGCAGCGAUCCACGGUAACAUGCAAGCUGUAGAAAAGCUUGUUGACCUUGGAGCUGAUGCUAGUCAAGCUGAGGCUGUAGCGGACUUAGCUCACGUGAACGAGGAAUAUGGCAUUGAAUCUUUUCUCAAGUCCAAGAUU